ACGCAUUCACCAAUGCCUGGCGUCGAGCCGGCAAUGUGGGCGUGGUGGUUUGCUUGGCAUGGGCAUGAGUCGGCCAGGUACAAGCUGUGGCAUCCACAAGCACAUGUUUCUGUAGCUUGGGCCGAUGGAGCUGGAUAUAACGGCAAAUACAUCGGCCGAACCAGUCAAGUUGACGAGUACAUCGGUGGCAAGCUGCUAUCGUUAUCCAUCCGAUUUGUCCCUCCAGUGGAGCUUGGUUUUGACGAGGCGCAACUUGCAGCCGCAGGCGAAGUUGUCAUCUGCGCCCGCGGUAUCCAAUCGAGACUCACUGGCGAGAUCCAGGUCGGAACUUUCUGUCACCAUCUCACGCCGACACCGCAUGGAGCGGUCAUGCGCUCACGAUUCUGGCUCGGCGGAGAGUAUGUGCGACCAUUCGGAGCAACGAAAGCAAAUUUCAUUGUGCGGACGAUAGCGUCGUUUAUGCCGCGGACGAACGAGGACGCCCAGGCGCUGCUUGUGCACGCCGCCGAGGAAAUGCAGCAUUUGAGCAAAUUUCUACCGCAGCUGUAUGCGCAAUUCGAGGGAAACCGUGAUGCCACGAGCUAAGCUGCGAACAACCUCCAAAUUCGUUCUGUCAUCGGGACCAUAUGGACGAUCCUAGCGGGCAAAUCCGUCUUAUCGAUUUGAUUUGUGAAGGCAUGCAAGUUGUUCAGCGGAUUGAGUGGUUGUAUUGCAAAAUUGCACCGAUGCGUGUUGCCGGUCGCUGAACAUUAUGAAGUCGCACAUCGCGUCUCGCUGCAUACGUGUAUUUGCUCAAGUCUAG